AUGAAUGAGGCUGAUGGUAGAGUAACUGAGGUAAAGAAUGUUCACCGGACUAGUGUAGCAGCCAGUGAUAAAGAAAAUGGAUUAUUUUUUGGAAGCUUCACAAGCUUCCACAAGCAGCCAGUGAUUUUGGUUUUUCUGUCUCUUGUUGGCGGCGCGGAGUAUGCGUGUAAGACUCUGAAGAAGGGGGAUGAGACUGUUUACAGGGAGGUGGAGAUAAUGCAGCACUUGUCUGGGCAUCCUGGGGUUGUGACUCUGCUGGCAGUGUAUGAGGAAGCUGAUUGCUCUCAUCUGGUGAUGGAAUUGUGCUCUGGGGGAAAACUUGUCGACCAGAUGUUUAGGGAGGGCCCUUGUUCUGAACAGCGGGCUGCUAAUAUACUUAAGGAAGUGAUGUUGGUCAUCAAGUAUUGUCAUGAUAUGGGAGUUGUGCACAGAGAUAUCAAGCCUGAGAAUAUUCUGCUUACUGCUUCGGGGGAAAUAAAGCUUGCUGAUUUUGGCCUGGCCAUGAGAAUUUCUAAGGGUCAGAACUUGACGGGUUUGGUUGGGAGCCCUGCAUAUGUUGCACCAGAAGUGUUGUUGGGUAGAUACUCAGAAAAGGCGGAUAUAUGGAGUGCUGGAGUGCUCCUGCAUGCUCUGUUGAUUGGUGUUCUUCCAUUUAAAGGGGAUUCACAAGAAGCAGUUUUUGAGGCUAUUAAGAAUUCCAAGCUAGAGUUCCAAACCGGGAUGUGGGAAUCAAUAUCUAAACCUGCACGAGAUCUUGUUGGGAGAAUGCUGACAAGGGAUAUUUCAGCAAGGAUAACAGCUGAUGAAGUACUUAAUGGUAGCGAGGAGUUUGACCUCGAGUCAAUUAUAUAUAGCAAUGGCGUUUACUUUGAAAAUGGAGUUCACAGUCUUGUCAUUUUCACUGGAAAGGAAAAAACAGCUACUUGUGUUUAG